AUGCAGAGGAAGCUCGCACUUACCCUCUUGGUGUGCCUGGCGUGCAUCGCCUGCUGCCACGCCUGGAAACAGAUCGUCGUGCCCGAGAAGCCGACGUUGCCGCCGGCCUUCUCCGCGGCGGUCCACGUACAAAGGAACUACAAGCCCUACCAGGAGUACUUCCGCUGGUUCAGGGACGAGAAACUGCAAAAGGCUCGAGUGGACAGACUGGCCGAAGUGCACGGGGAGACGCUCUUUCACUCCUUCAUCUACGACCACUCCGAGCAGAAGAUGUUUGCUGUCUUCUUCAGGGGCGAGGUCGCUACCUGCUUCACCAAGACCAUUCGUGGCAACCUGACCCACUUCGACCUGAGCGAGGCCGAGUUCCUGGGCAAGUCCUACGUGUACUUCGACCCGGUCUACCACUGGCAGCUCGAGACCGAUCGCUACCACUUCGAGCUCUUCGACACCCCGGAGCCGCACAGGGAGCUGCGCAAGGUCAGCUUCUUCAUCAAGCCCAACGGAAAGGCUGGCUCCUGGACGAUGCACGAGUUCGAUGCUGGAUCGCAGGACGAGUCGCUGUUCAUGAUCAAUGACAAGGUCAAGCAGUCGUGCACCCCGUACCAUGGCGAGGCAGAAUCCGCCAGCCUGCCCUCGCACGACCAUCACGCCUUCCUCUCCCUCUACACCCAGUGA